AAAAAAAAAAUACAGAAGUGAGUGAAGCGGCAUCAGUAUAGAGACAAAACACUUCCAGUAUCUUCUUCGUAGUAAACCCUUGUCCACAAUUUGGGCUCAACAAUUAUCUCUAAUGGCGAAUCCAAAGAAGGUUUUGAUGAUAUGUGGCGAUUACAUGGAAGACUCUGAGGCGAUGGUUCCGUUUCAGGCAUUGCAAGCUUACGGAUUAUCCGUCGAUGCUGUUUGCCCUGGUAAAAAGUCCGGCGAUAUUUGUCGCACUGCUAUUCAUCAGGGUUCUCCUCACCAGACAUAUUCCGAGUCGCGUGGUCACAACUUCACUCUCAAUGCCACGUUUGAUGAAAUUGACGCAAACACAUAUGACGGAUUGGUUCUACCAGGAGGACGUGCUCCAGAAUAUCUCGCUAUGAAUGAAUCAGUUCUUAACCUGGUCACACAUUUUGCAAAAUCUGGAAAACCCAUUGCCUCCAUUUGUCAUGGGCAACUUAUAUUGGCGGCUGCUGCUGCUAAAGCUGAUGUAAUAAAAGGUCGAAAAGUUACAGCAUAUGCGACUGUGGGACCCGUGCUUGCUGCUGCUGGUGCUCAUUGGGUACACCCCGAGACAUUGGCAUCAUGUACCGUUGAUGGAAAUCUAAUUACUGCAGCUAGUUACGUUGGUCACCCCGAGUUUAUCCGUCAUUUCAUCAAGGCAUUAGGAGCUACUGUAGUUGGUUCCAACAAACGCAUUCUAUUCCUCUGUGGGGAUUACAUGGAAGACUAUGAGGUAAUGGUUCCUUUUCAGUCCCUUGAAGCUCUUGAAUGCUGCUAUGUAGAUGCGGUUUGUCCCGAAAAGAAAGCGGGUGAUACAUGCCCUACAGCUGUCCACGAUUUCGAGGGGGACCAAACAUACAGCGAAAAAACUGGCCAUGAUUUCACACUAACUGCCAACUUCCACGACGUCGAUGCUUCAACUUAUGAUGCUCUUGUCAUCCCUGGAGGUCGAGCUCCAGAAUAUCUCGCACUAGACCCCACGGUCAUUAAGCUGGUUAAACAUUUUAUGGAUUCUGGAAAGCCCGUCGCAUCCAUCUGCCAUGGUCAACAGAUUCUCUCCGCUGCUGGUGUUCUCAAGGGGAAGAAAUGUACUGCAUAUCCUGCAGUCAAACUAAAUGUGGAACUAGGUGGGGCGACCUGGUUAGAACCGGAUCCAAUAGAUCGUUGCUUUACGGAUGGAAAUCUAGUAACGGGAGCAGCCUGGCCAGGUCAUCCUCAGUUCAUCGCUCAGUUCAUGUCGUUGCUUGGCGUAAAGGUAUGUUUCUAGUAUGAUGUUUGUGUUUUAUACAUCCUACCUAGGGUAUGUUUGUAACCGCAACCACCAUACAUUUUCUUGUAUAAGUAAUGUUUGUUGCAACCUUACACCAUGAUAAUAAGUUUCUAAUAUGGUGAGUUGAUCGCAACCAAGCAA